AUGUUGCGGCGGGUUGCCUGCUGGAUGCAGCCGAGCCCGGCCUGUGGCUGCCGGGCUCCUGUCCUACCCAGUCGGUUUCUGGGCACCUCCCCUCGGCAGAUUCCAAUGGAUGCCAACUUCCACUCCACUUCGUUCUUGGAAGCAGACCAGCAGCGUGUCUUAAUUACAGGGGGUCUUGGCCAGCUUGGAGUGGGGCUUGCUAACUUUCUGAGGAAACGAUUCGGGAAGGACAAUGUGAUUCUGUCUGACAUUCGGAAGCCCCCGGAACACGUCUUCCUUAGUGGCCCGUUUAUUUAUUCUGACAUCCUGGAUUACAAGAAUCUUCGGGAGAUUGUGGUGAACAACCGCAUCACCUGGCUGUUUCAUUACAGCGCCCUGCUCAGCGCAGUGGGAGAAGCAAACGUGUCCCUGGCCAGAGCCGUGAACAUCACUGGACUGCACAAUGUCCUGGACGUUGCCGCAGAGCACGGUCUGCGAUUGUUUGUGCCAAGCACCAUCGGGGCGUUCGGACCUACUUCUCCACGGAACCCAACCCCUGACCUCUGCAUCCAGAGACCCAGGACCAUCUAUGGGGUGUCCAAGGUCCAUGCUGAGCUUAUGGGCGAGUAUUAUUAUUACCGGUAUGGAUUAGAUUUCCGAUGCCUGAGAUAUCCUGGAAUCAUUUCUGCUGACUCCCAGCCUGGAGGAGGAACAACUGACUAUGCAGUCCAGAUUUUCCAUGAAGCUGUCAAGAAUGGCAGAUUUGAGUGCAACCUGAAACCCGACACCAGGCUCCCAAUGAUGUACAUUGACGACUGCCUCCGGGCCACCCUGGAGGUCAUGGAGGCCCCAGCAGAGUCCCUGUCCAUGAGAACCUACAACAUCAACGCCAUGAGCUUCACCCCCGCGGAGCUGGCCCAGGAGGUGCUCAAGCAUGUGCCAGAAUUCCAGGUCACCUACAAUGUGGACCCUGUCCGACAGGCCAUAGCGGAUAGUUGGCCAAUGAACUUUGAUGAUAGCAAUGCUCGGAAGGACUGGGGAUGGAAGCACGAUAUUGACCUCCCGGAGCUGGUGACGACAAUGUUGAACUUCCACGGUUCUGAGAACAGAGUUGCCCAGGCUAACUGA